AUGAAUGAAUACGCCCUGACACCGAAAAAAAAUAUAACUAGCCCUCCAACUAAAGUUAUCACAAGCUCUCCUCGCACACCAACCAAUAGGCAACGACAGCGUGCUGUUAAUGUGUCAUCGGUCGGCCGACCAUCAUCAUCACCUUCAAACACACCUCGGUGUAAAGGUGUCUCCCUUACCACUGGAUUGGCAUGUAAGCGUCCGGUAGCAUCUAAUAGUUAUUGCUAUCAACAUCGAGGACAACUGCAUGCAGAAAGUAUAUUCGGGAUCCCAAAACCACGUCAUAACAAUUUUUUCGAACGUAUCACAAUCACGGACAACAUACGUGAUAUAAGUGAUUUGUUAUGCAGUAUUAAUGGGUUGUCAAUCACAGAAACUGAAAAAAGACCAAAGACCUCACCGCUUAUUAGUUUAGAACCAAUAUUUAAAUCCAUAGCUCCGAAUUCGAUACAAACGCCUCCGCCAACAUCAGAUGUGUUAAAACAAAUCAAAACACCACAAAGAUCUUUACAUCCUCGAAUUCAUUUGGAUGCUUCAUUAAAUGAAAAAUCUUCCGCGCAUAUAAGAUCCAAAAGCGAAACAUCAAGCCCCAUCAACUAUCCGCAACACGAUGCUAGUAUUCAUAAUAAUUUAAAUAGUCCUAACGACGAGGCUUCAUUUCGACAAUCACCCGGUUCAGAUCGGUGUCAAGGACGGAGUACGAGAACGGGAAAACAAUGUUCACGUUCAGUAAAAGUGAACAAGGAUGUGAACAAUAUCAAACAAUGGUAUUGUCAUCAACAUAAAGUUGUGGUCGAGAAAAAUCAUCCGCCAAUUGAAUCCCCGGCAUUUGUCCCAGGCCAAACUAAACUUCUACUAUUAGAAGAAACUUCUAAACCUAUAUCAUCCAAAGACGAACCAGGUUAUAUUUAUGCGUACGAAUUGAUCGAUGGUCCACUAUCAAAGGCUCGACUAUAUAAAGUGGGUCGAGCUAAUAAUGUGCACCGGAGAGUGUACCAAUGGAACCGGCAAUGUGGAUAUGAGCCAUCCGUAAUUGAGUAUUUUCCAAGUAUUAACGAAAAUGAAAAUACUCUCAGUCAAUUAAUCACCGAGCCGAUGAGGAAAUGCAAAUAUACUCAUCGCGCAGAAAGAUUAAUUCACAUCGAAUUAGGUGACAAAUAUCAUACAAUUCUACCAAAAUGUCCGGGGUGUGGCAAUAGUCAUCGUGAAUUUUUUAAAGUUCCUAUUUCGAAUUCGGACGGAUGGGAUGAAAUUCGUCGUGUCAUUGUUCAUUGGAUAACUUAUAUUGAGCAAAUUUAUGGUACCGGAUAA